AUAAAAUGGCAUACAUCUUAGGUUAUGGACCAAGAAAAGGUAUAAAAAUCAGUACGGCUGAGGCUGCAGAUACUUCCAAGUUCCAACUUCAAAUAAGAGCCAAUCACCCUCCCAUUGUUUUAUCUCUCCCAUCCAUGGGGAGUAGCUUCUUCAACUUGUCUCAGACCCAACGACCAACUCCAGCUCCCAAAAGAACCAAUUCCCACUAAUCGGCAACAAUCUCAGGUGCGAGCAUGGCGACCAAAGUUUGCGGUUGGUGAGAUCGGUUAGGGGUGCCGGAAAAAGUAGUUGGAUAUGAAAUGUUGGAAUGGACAGAGGAGAGCUUGAUAGUGAAAGGAGAAUUGAUCAAGUUAAAUCAACUACUGAUUUGUUUGGAGAAAGGACAAUUGAAGGCAAUUCAAAACUAAAGAAACACCAAACAGGAUUCUCGGAGAGAUCCUCUUCAAGAACAAGAGAGCUUCACAUGGCAAGGAGGGACAUAGGUCGGUUCAAUGAGAGCAGAAGCAGCGCGGAGUCCAUAAAGGCCAGAGCAGAAUCUGAGCUUUUUGUCGCGAAGAAUACAGUGAGGGAUCUAGCCUCAAGGAUUGAAGAAGUCAAUUUGAAAACAGAAGGAAACAUGGAAAGGGGUAAAGAGGAAUGGGCAUUGGAUAUCAGGAAAGUUGCUCAGUCUGCAGAAGUGAUGAGAGACUUGGAGUACGUAAAGAAGGAAGUGAGCAAACUCAAACUUGAUAUGGCUUCUGUUUUAGAUGAGAAAAAUCGAGCGGAGAAGGAAACCGAAGCCUCAAAUUCCAAAAUCUCAUGGUAUUUGACCACUGCUGAAGCGCUUCAGAAAGAGAUUGAAAAAGUUAAUGAAGAACAAGUGUUGGUAGAAUUGGCGCGAAUUGAAGCUGUUAAAGAAAUCGGAGCCAUUGAAGCUCAAAGAAAGGAAGAAGCGGAUCGAUUCUCAUCUGAAAUGGAGACAACCAGAAAGAAAAUGAAUGAAAUUAUCCAAGAAAUCAACAGCUCAAAAGAGACCGAAUUGAAACUGGCUGCCACUAAUUUUGAUGUGACCGUGCUACAGAAUGAACUAAAGUUGGCUUAUGAAAUGGACAGAAGGGUUCAAAGAAGUGAGAGCUUUAGGCAACGUGAGGUCAGUUUUCGGAAAGGAAAGGGAUUGGACUCUAAAUUGGAGUUACAGUUCGUCACAGAGGAACUUGAGACGGCAAAGAUGGAACUGGCGUUGAUUAGAGAAGACAGCUUUCAGAUCAUGGCUUCAUUGGAUGUCAUAAGAGAAGAGCUCAAACACACUUCUCAACAAGUAUCGCGGCUGAAGAAAAAGGAAAACAAGACGGAUGUUAUAGUUCAAAAUCUCAAUUCGAAGCUCCUCAGAGCAAAAGCCAAGUUAGAAGCUGUAUCUGCAGCUGAGGAAAAGGCGAAUACAAUCGUAUCCAACCUAUCACUUGCUCUUGAACAACUGAAAAUGGAAGCUGAGGCAGCGAAAAAGGAGAGGGGGCUUAUUUGUGAAGAAACCACAAACAUAAAGGCAGAAGUUGAGAAAACUGAGUUCGAAACUGAUUCAGCUGAGGAAAGACUUCAGGCUGCAAUGCAAGAGCUUGAAGCUGUCAAGUCAUCAGAAGCAACAGCUCUUGAGAAGUUAAAAACCCUAAGUGAAAACACAAUGAGAGCUAGAGCUUCGGCUUCCAAGCACAGUUCCACAAUAACAAUCUCAAAGUUUGAGUACGAGUACUUAACUGGACGUGCGGCUGGAACGGAAGAAAUCGCAGAUAAAAAGGUUGCAGCAGCUCAAGCAUGGACUGAAGCCAUUAAGGCAAGUGAGAAAGAGAUAAUAAUGAAAACCAAGAUGAAUCAGAGGAAAGUGAGAGAGCUAAGAGUACAGGAAGAGCAAGAGGCUUACGAAACAAAGAAGUCACUUGCUGCCAAGAAAGUGGUUGAGGGGGAGGCCAGGAAUUGGAGGGAAAGUAGUGCGAAAAACUCUGAACCUGAAAACAUGUCUUGGCUUGAGGGAGCGUUGCCUAGAAAAUCCAUGAGGGAGAACAGCAGUUUGACACCAGUAAGAAGAGUGAAAUUCAGAAAAUCUGCAUCACCUGCAUUUCGGCAUUUGGCUAAAUCAGGUUCUUUCAAGGCUAAGAGGAGAAGAAAGGUGAUACCAAAUCUAGCAAAGUUGUUUACUAAGAAAGGAAUGGAGAGUGAUCAUUGUGUUCUGUGAAGAUUUUGCAGAUGUCAAGGCUCAAAAGUUAAUGAAGUUUUAAUUCCAGUCUAUAUAAUUCAACUUCGAUAUAGUUUUAGUAUCAGGACUUGGAAGCUAACAACUUUGGAUUAAACUGUUUCUCUACGUAAUUUGUCUUCCAUGAAUUCCUUCAAUAACAAAAGAGAGCAUGCCUAUUUUGAGUG